CACCAGAAUGGGAUGUAUGGGCUGCACCAGGACGUGCACCACUUCAACUCCUUCGACAGAGUGUGGAGCCUGCCCCGGCUGCUCAGCCAAGCGCAUGUCCGGACAGGGAUAAUUGGGAAGAAGCAUGUUGGGCCCGAGGCUGUCUACCCCUUUGACUUCGCCUACACCGAAGAAAACAGCUCGGUCUUGCAGGUUGGGAGGAACAUCACUCGGAUAAAAGCGCUCGUCCGGCAGUUCCUGCAGAGCCAGGAUGAGAGGCCUUUCUUCCUCUAUGUCGCCUUCCACGACCCCCACCGCUGUGGGCACUCCCAGCCCCAAUAUGGGGCCUUUUGUGAGAAAUUUGGCAAUGGAGAGACUGGCAUGGGCUGGAUCCCGGACUGGAAGCCACAGCUCUACCGCCCAGAGCAAGUGCAGGUCCCCCACUUUGUUCCAGACACUCCGGCUGCCCGGGCGGACCUGGCAGCCCAGUAUACCACCAUCGGGCGCAUGGACCAAGGGAUCGGGCUGGUCCUGGAGGAGCUGCGGCUUUGCUCCCACGGGCACCAGCCACUCCUCUCACCCUUCUCUUCUCCUCCAGAUCUGACGCCGACCAUUUUGGACUGGUUCUCCAUCCCCUACCCUUCUUACAGCCUCUUUGGCAUGAAGCGGGUGCAGCUCACUGGAAAGUCUCUCCUGCCAGCACUGGAGUCGGAGCAGCCCUGGGCCACCGCCUUCAGCAGCCAGAGCCACCACGAGGUGACCAUGUACUACCCCAUGCGAGCCAUCCAGCACCAGCAGUUCCGCCUCGUUCACAACCUCAACUACAAGAUGCCCUUCCCCAUUGACCAGGACUUUUACGUCUCGCCCACUUUCCAAGACCUGCUCAACCGCACCAGGGCCGGGCAGCCGACCCACUGGAACAAGACCCUGCACCAGUACUACUACAGGGACCGCUGGGAGCUCUUCGACUGUAGCCGUGACCCCACCGAGAGCCAGAACCUGGCCCUCGACCCCCGCUAUGCCGCCGUCUUCCAGCUGCUUCGUGCGCAGCUCUUGAAGUGGCAGUGGGACACGGGUGACCCCUGGGUGUGCGCCCCCGAUGCUGUCCUGGAAGAGAAACUGAGCCCCCAGUGCCGGCCGCUGCACAACGAGCUGUGA